AUUGAAGUUGAGGACCAAACGGAACGAGGAUAGAGUACGUUCAACUUCAAUGAGAGAGAGAGAGAGAUGUCAGGGGUUACUGGUGGUGAAGAUAAGGAACACAGGAAUGGAGAAGAGAAUAUGGCUGCUUGGCUUCUUGGUAUCAAAACCCUUAAAAUCCAACCUUAUCAUCUCCCUGCUCUAGGGCCCCAUGAUGUCAAAGUUCAGAUAAAAGCACUGGGUAUAUGUGGAAGUGAUGUUCAUCACUUCAAGACGAUGAGAUGUGCAAACUUUAUUGUGAAAAAGCCCAUGGUUAUAGGACAUGAGUGUGCUGGAAUCAUUGACGAAGUUGGAAGCCAUGUGAAGUCUCUAGCAGUGGGUGACCGUGUAGCAUUAGAGCCUGGAAUCAGUUGCCGGCAGUGCGACCUCUGCAAAAAUGGCCGUUACAAUCUCUGCCGGGAGAUGAAAUUUUUUGGUUCUCCCCCGAAUAAUGGCUCUCUUGCUAAUAAGGUGGUUCAUCCAGCAUAUUUAUGUUUUAAACUACCUGACAAUGUGAGUUUGGAGGAAGGCGCUAUGUGUGAGCCCCUCAGUGUUGGUAUCCAUGCUUGUCGUCGUGCAAAUAUUAGUCCUGAGACAAGUGUACUGAUCAUGGGAGCAGGACCAAUAGGCCUUGUUACACUACUAGCUGCUCGUGCUUUUGGAGCCCCCAGGGUCAUCAUAGCUGAUGUUGAUGAUUGCCGUUUAUCUAUUGCAAAGAAUCUCGGUGCAGAUGAGAUUAUUCAAGUCUCAACGAACAUUCAGGAUGUAGGUGAAGAAGUAGUAAAGAUACAAAAUGCCAUGGGCUCUGGUAUUGAUGUCAGCUUUGAUUGUGUUGGUUUUGAUAAAACCAUGUCAACUGCUUUGAAUGCCACCCGCUCAGGCGGCAAAGUUUGCCUUAUUGGAUUGGCAAAGAGUGAGAUGACUGCCCCUCUUACCCCUGCGGCUGCAAGGGAGGUUGAUGUGAUUGGCAUAUUCCGAUAUAGGAAUACAUGGCCACUCUGCAUUGAGUUUUUGAAGACUGGCAAGAUAGAUGUCAAGCCAUUGAUUACUCACAGGUUUGGCUUCUCGCAGCAGGAGGUAGAAGAUGCCUUUGAAACAAGUGCUCGUGGAGGUACUGCUAUUAAAGUUAUGUUUAAUCUGUAGGAAAAGGUCUCAUGAUGCAUCUGAUGAGAUCGAGCUUUGUCGCUUCUUUCUUUGUUUUGUUCCAUCCAGUACUAUGGCCUGAGUAUCCAAUUGCUUGCCAUUAACUAUCAAGUAAAUGUAAGUGAAAAAGAUAUAUGGAUCUCAGAAUAGAUAUGCCUACUCGAUUGCACAA